UGGAGGGGCCGGAGCUGGGCUGGGAGGUCGGGGCCGGCGGUGACGGGCUUGUCCCCGCAGAGAUGGACGAGGCGAUGCGCUCCUUUGCCGAGAAGGUGUUUGCCUCGGAGGUGAAGGACGACGAGACCCGGCACGAGAUCUCGCCCUUCGACGUGGAGGAGAUCUGCCCCAUCUCGCACCACGAGAUGCAGGAGCACCUGAUCCAUCAGGAGAGCCAGGCCUCGCCAGAGAAGCAGAAGAAGCGGCUCCGCCUGAAGACCAUCGCGCUGGUGAUGCCCGUGGCCAAGAGGUCGUCCACCAAGCUGUCCACCAUUGACGAGGUCAUGUCCACUUCGUCGCUCUACCAGGCCGUGCCGAACUUCCAGCGUGUCCAGACCACCUGCGACUAUGCCUCAGGGGUGACGGUGGAGGACUUCGAGGUGGUGUGCCAGGGCCUGUACCGCGCGCUCUGCAUCCGGGAUAAGUACAUGCGGCGCUCGCUCCAGCGCUUCCCGCGCACGCCGGCCCAGUACCUGCGCACCAUCGAGGGCGAGGUCUGGACCGCUGACCAGAGCUGUGGCCCAGUGUUCAACCCCCCGGUGAAGGAGGGGGAGGACCCGUUCCAGUCGGACAACCUCCCCGAGGACUUGGGCUACCACGUACAGAUGCAGGACGGCGUGGCCUACGUCUAUGCUGACGUGGCGGCGCCCGGCCGGGGCCAGCCCAAGGACCUGCCCUACCCUGACCUGGAGGGCUUCAUCAACGACAUGAACUUCCUGCUCGCUCUCAUCGCCCAGGGCCCUGUCAAGACCUACGCCCACCGGCGCCUCAAGUUCCUGUCCUCCAAGUUCAAUCUGCACGAGAUGCUGAACGAGAUGGAGGAGCUGAAGGAGCUGAAGAACAACCCCCACCGUGACUUCUACAACUGCCGUAAGGUGGACACGCACAUCCACGCCGCGGCCUGCAUGAACCAGAAGCACCUGCUGCGCUUCAUCAAGAAGUCGUACCGCGUGGAUGCCGACCGCACCGUCUUCCAGGCCAAGGGCAAGACGCUCACCCUGAAGGAGGUCUUCGCGCAGCUCAACCUGCACCCCUACGACCUGACCGUGGACUCCCUGGACGUCCACGCUGGCCGUCAGACCUUCCAGCGCUUCGACAAGUUCAAUGCCAAGUACAACCCGGUGGGUGCCAGCGAGCUGCGUGACCUCUACCUGAAGACGGAGAAUGCCAUCGAUGGCGAGUACUUCGCCACCAUCAUCAAGGAGGUCGGCUCCGACCUGGAGGACGCCAAGUACCAGUAUGCGGAGCCCCGGCUCUCCAUCUACGGGCGCUCGCCCAGCGAGUGGGACCACCUGGCCUCCUGGUUCAACAAGCACCGCGUCUACUCCCCCAACAUGAAGUGGAUGAUCCAGGUGCCCCGCAUCUAUGACGUGUUCAGGGCUAAGAACUUCCUCCCACACUUCGGAAAGAUGCUGGAGAACGUGUUCGUGCCCAUUUUCAAGGCUACCCUCAACCCACGCGCCAAUAAGGAGCUGAGUGUCUUCCUGCGACAUAUCACAGGCUUUGACAGUGUGGACGACGAGUCCAAGCACAGCGGGCACAUGUUCUCCACCAAGAGCCCCAAGCCGCAGGACUGGACGCACGAGAAGAACCCGUCCUACACCUACUACGUGUACUACAUGUACGCCAACAUCCUGGUGCUCAACAACCUGCGCAGGGAGCGCGGCCUGAACACCUUCCUGUUCCGCCCGCACUGCGGGGAAGCGGGGGCCAUAACGCACCUGCUCGCAGCCUUCAUGACGGCGGACAACAUCUCCCACGGCCUGAACCUGAAGAAGAGCCCGGUGCUGCAGUAUCUCUACUUCCUGGCCCAGAUCCCCAUCGCCAUGUCCCCGCUCAGCAACAACAGCCUCUUCCUGGAGUACGCCAAGAACCCGCUGCUGGACUUCCACCAGAAGGGCCUGAUGGUGUCCCUGUCCACCGACGACCCCAUGCAGUUCCACUACACCAAGGAGCCCCUGAUGGAGGAGUACGCCAUCGCCGCCCAGGUCUUCAAGCUCAGCACCUGCGACAUGUGCGAGAUCGCCAGGAACAGCGUGCUGCAGUGCGGCCUGUCCCACGAGGAGAAGGUGAAGUUCCUGGGCGAGCACUACCUGGAGGAGGGCCCGCUGGGCAACGACAUCCGCAAGACCAACGUGGCGCAGAUCCGCAUGGCCUACCGCUACGAGACCUGGUGCUACGAGCUCAACCUCGUGGCCGAGGGGCUCAAGAGCCACGAGUAGCCCCGGCGCGGCCCGAGCCCGCACCCUGCCGCAAUAAAGGGCGGCCCGUCCCGCCGCCGGCCUCUCUCGCACCCGCGUGUCCCGACCGGCCG